CGGGCAGGGGUGAGCUCAGCCCUCAAGUCCCCGCUGUCUGUAUCGAUGAAGUUGUUUCAAAGAUGGCGGAUUUCCUGCCGUCCCGCUCCGUUUUAUCUGUAUGUUUCCCUAACUGUCUCCUCACAAGCGGAGAGGCAGAACAAUUGCGGAAAUCUAAAGAGAUAGAUAAGUGUAUUAAUCGAGAUAAGACUUACGUAAAAAGGUUAGUAAAGAUACUAUUACUUGGAGCAGGCGAAAGCGGCAAGUCCACUUUCCUCAAGCAGAUGCGCAUUAUCCAUGGGCAGGACUUCGAUCAGAAGGCCAAAGAAGAAUUCAGAGCUACGAUUUUUAGUAAUGUUAUAAAAGGUAUCCGAGUGUUGGUGGAUGCUCGUGAGAAACUACACAUCCCAUGGGGCAACCUUUCCAAUCAGCGGCACGGAGACACCAUGAUGGCAUUUGACACCCGGUCAGCGAUGGCGCAUGGUCACGGCAUGGUGGAGGCCAAAGUUUUUCAGCACUACCUGCCAUCCAUCUGCGCCCUGUGGGCCGACCAGGGCAUCCAGAACGCCUAUGACCGCCGCAGGGAGUUCCAGCUGGGGGAGUCGGUCAAGUAUUUCCUGGACAAUUUGGAAAAGCUCGGACAGUCGGACUACCUCCCCAGCCAACAGGACAUCCUCCUGGCCAGAAAACCGACUAAGGGCAUCCACGAGUAUGACUUUGAGAUUAAGAAUGUGCCCUUUAAGAUGGUGGAUGUGGGUGGUCAGCGCUCUGAGAGGCGGCGCUGGUUCGAAUGCUUCGACUCUGUCACUUCCAUCCUCUUCCUUGUCUCCUCCUCUGAAUACGACCAGGUGCUGAUGGAGGACCGGGUGACCAACCGGCUUAGUGAGUCCCUCAACAUCUUUGAGACCAUCGUCAACAACCGGGUCUUCAGCAACGUCUCCAUUAUCCUGUUCCUGAACAAGACGGACCUGCUGGAGGAGAAGGUGAAGCAGGUGUCCAUCAAAGACUACUUCCCCGAGUUCUCGGGCGACCCCACAAGCCUGGCGGACGUCCAGCGCUUCCUGGUGGAGUGCUUUCGCAAAAAGCGCCGUGAGCAGCAGCAGAAACCGCUGUACCACCACUUCACCACGGCCAUCAACACUGAGAACAUCCGGCUGGUGUUCCGCGACGUCAAGGACACCAUCCUCCACGACAACCUCAAGCAGCUGAUGCUGCAGUGAGGGGACUGGCUGGAGAGGAGGAGGAGGAGGAGGGAUGGGUGGAGGCAGAUGGAAAGUGGCUGUCAAGGUGCCUUUUUCCUUACCCUCCCCGCCACCACCAGCCCGUCAGGGGAGCAGGCAGUGACACUUUUGAACUUUGACUGUGUAUUAAAGCCAGCACUACUACCAGCCCCCCACCCCCCACCCCCCCACGCUUGCUCUCUGCCUUAAUGAGCUUGUUCACUGUGACUUAUAAUAGCUGCCUGUGGCUCAGAGCCCCCACCCCUUCAGACCACUGUAAAUGACCCCAGCCCCCACUCUCUGCCCCCCAUCCACAUUCUGUGGUGCCCCCCUCGACAUCCUUUAUUGUGUAUCUUCCCUAUGUGUUGCUCUUAUUCACAUUCACACACUGUCCUUUUCUCUAUGCUGCUCUGACCACUAUUGAUAGGGAUGGGGAGGAGGAGGGGCUUGUUUUAAAUUGGUGUAGCUGACUAGCUGUGAAAGCCACCUGCAGGCGCCAGCGAGAUCAGGAGCUCAGCGACUGUUGCCAGGUGUUUGGGGGAGGGGCUGGUGAGGAAGCACACAAACAAAUAGACCACUUGUAAAAUAAAAGACUGUGCGACCAGGCAAGUGCAGGGCUGAAAGCGACACGUCGUAUUUUGCUUUUUCUCAGGGCACAUUGUGAACCACUUCUCUGACCUGAUGCCUCUGCCCUUCAACAAGUCACAUGACAGAUGUUAGUGGGUCUUUUCUCUCUGUGUGUCAUCAGAACUAAAGCAGAGCUCUGGCUGUCUUCAACCUGGAGCACAUUUUACCCUCAGGGUCUUCAUGACCACAUUUUCUCCUGGUAUUAACUUGUGAUUUGUAUGUAGCUGUAUAAUGUCAUCUGACCCACACACCUUUGCAUUUACACUUGCUAUUAAUAAGUUAUAUUGUUAUCUCAAUUCUUUUGAUUCAUUUUUUUCAAGCAGAAAUACAAAUAUGAUGUUUUUUCAGAUGUGGGAAUUGGUUGUUUCCUUGACUUACACUUUAGUAAGUUGAAUAAUUCGCAGUCCUAAUUGAAUCUAGAACACGCAGCACCCACAUAACUUGGAACCAAAGACCUGCUGGGUCAGAGCAUCUAGGAGCCCAAAACAAACAUCCUGGACCGUAUCCAGAUAUGGCCAGCACAUCUGGUAGCGUGUUCUCUAUGUGCAUUUCCAACUGUGUUAAUUAGUUUGUCCAUAUUCAGAUACAGAUCACAUGGUAAUAUCAGGGUCACUGUGUCUGUGGUGUGCUUCCAUUUCUAUCCUGCUUGCCUUGCUACUGCUGCUCUGUUUUACAGUUUGGCUGGUGGACACACACACAUCAACCCCACAAUCAUCUGUAAUGAGAACAUAAACAUGAACCUGAAUGCUUUGGCAGCAGCUGCUUGUCUGUCAAUGGUAUGAAUGAAUAGUAAGCAGUGUGGUCAUAGUGAAGUGAAACCGAGCAGAUGUCCCGUGUGUCAGCUGUAGUGCAAAGCAGCACUGAGGCAAGCAACACGUCAAACAGUUGAAUCUAUCACUGUAUGAUUGUUAGAGGUGACAUCACACAGUGAUGUCAGAUGUGUGUCAGAAGCAUCAUUUAGUUUGAAUAUUGGAACCGUAGUGAUGCUGUGGCGAUUAAAGAGAUAGUUUGGGUUAAUUGAUGUGGAGUUGUAUGAGGUAUUCAUGCUUAGUCAGUGUGUUACCUGCACUAGAUUCAGAUCAGCACACUGCCAGUUAAGAGAAGCAGCAGGGAGCUGAGUGAUGUGCUGCUGUGGGCGGGGCCAGCAGAAAAAAACGCGUUCAAAACAAAGUGAAGAUUAGCUCUUUGUGAUUCACUCAGCUCACCUGUGGCUGCAGCGUAACACAGUGUGCACUGUAGGUACUUGUGUGUAGGAAUAUAGUAGUUCAGCAGUUGAAAAAAUGUAGUGCCAAAGGAAAGUGCUGUUUUCAGAGGAAGGUAAAGCGCUGAAAAUAUUCUACAUGAAGCUAAAUUUAAACGGAUAUUGGAUUGUUUUCGUAGGUAUUUUAAAAAGUGUUUAAAACAACAUCAAGUUUUUUCUGCUGGCCCCACCCAUAGCCGCACAUCGCUCUGCUAGCAUACCGUGUUCCCUGCCACCUCUCGUAACUGGCAGCACGCUGAUCUGAAUCUACUGCAGAAACACUGACUAUGUGGGACUACCUCACACAACCCAACGGCAAAUAACCCCAACUAUCACUUUAACGCUGCAGUGAAUUGUUAACAACGGGCUGAUGAUGGAUGAUGUGGUUCAGGUUGAAAAUGGCCAAAUUUUUAGUGAAGCCCCAACAAAUCCAAGCCUGAACGUUUUCUCUCUCCACCUUUAGUGCUGUGUAUUAUACAAGUGAGGAGGCUGCUCAAUCUGUCCUCGCUCUCAGAAGGUACCUGUUCAUGUCCACCUCUCCCACACAUCCUAACUUAAAAGAAAAGGGAUAAAGCCAGUCUGUAUAUUACUAACGAUCCUCAGCAGUUGGUGUCUGCUGGCUGCUCUCACUGUUGUGUACAGGUCACGUAUAGUUCACAUUGUCCUUAACUCCUUUUCCUAUUGUCUAAUUCAUCAUCAUGUAUCUCUCACACCAACCUCACUCUUGUCUCUAACAGCUGAUGUAACCCUGCACACAGAUGUGUAUGUAUGACCGCAAGUGUUAUUUUUAUUCGAUUUUUACUUUCAUCGUCAGAUGGUGUUUAUUUAAAAGAGAAGCGGGCGUCUGGUGGUUUGUCUUAAGGUGGUUUAGGAGACUGUCGCAUUAAUCAGCUUCCUGAUGUGUUGAGAACAUGAACACCAAAGUCCUCCAGUGAACUGGCUCCAUGCUAACUCUUCAACACAUGUUGAAGAUGAUAAACAUGUAGAACACAAGUUACAGAUGUAAUGAAGUUUGACUGACAGCAGGUUUGAUUAUGUUCAGUGUCACAGACUCCUCAGAAUCAGCAGAGCUCCAUUGUUUUUUUUACUCUUUAUAGUUAUUGUUUUAAAUACUAAUGGCAGCUAACCACUGAAGAGAGUGAGUAACACCCUGUUGUAGCUUGAAUAUGCUCCAGUUACCCCACAACCACAGACCCUUGUCUACAGCGGAUGUGUUUCAGUCUGUACAGGUGACACAACAACUACAGAGGCUCUGAAGGGACAUGAGCCAAAACCAGACUUGUGAGCAGCAGAAAUUUGAAGUUUUUUGCUCAUGUUUUUUUCUUUUUUUUUUAAGGGGGUUAGUAUCAACCCAACUCCUGUCAGCUGCUCUUAAUUGUUAAAAUUACACCUCUAAACAUGAGUUAGACUAUAAUUCUGGUUCUGUGAGUUCAAGAUGGCUGCCAGAGACUGCACAUAAGACCCUGAUCUCCAGUUAAAUCACUCAAAAAAACUGGAUUUAGAACCUUAAAAAAGCGAACCAGUGUAGCUGCAGAUUUGAGCUUGGUAAGCAUUCAAACGGCCAAUGGUGCCCAUCUAUCUCUGUUCACACUGACACCACGGUCACUGUGAUGGAUUACACAGUUCAAAUGUCUGUUAGUGGGGUUUCAUAAUGUGUGAAAAUUAAUGGAACCAAACAGGAUCUAGUGAGUGGACUAAAACAUGCUAAUCUUUUUUCUUACUGUUAGCUAAUCCAGCCUGUGUCAGAUCUGUUCAAAAUAUAACUUCAUCAUCAGCUGCUGCUGAAACAGCUCAGUACACUGACGUCAGUCACAUGACCAGUUGUCUCUUCUUUGGGUCACGCAUUUCAGCUUCAUGUUCCUCUUUUGUCCUCACAUUUUCAUGAUGAACCAGUUUGAUUUAUCAUUGAGUAAAUGAUUCAUCAGUCACAUUGAGAGGAAACAUCUUGAGAGACAAAUCCCCAGACCAACCAGGACCCUGCUGUCACUCAAAUGUGUGCUAGCAUGGAGCAGUGAAGUUAUUUGGCUGAUUUUGGUGUGUGUGUUCCCAGCUCUGAGAGAAGCAGUUGACUGACAGGACCAGAGACCAAAAUCUCAGUGAAUUCCUCAAGCUUUGCAGCACCAGUCACAACCAUUCUCCUUCUGUCAGUCUGUGCAUCGGUAUAAAGCAGCCUCUGUGUGUGUGUGUGUGUGUGUGUGUGUGUGUGUGUGUGUGUGUGUGUGUGUGUGUGUGUGUGUGUGUGUGUGUGUGUGUGUGUGUGUGUGUGUGUGUGUGUGUGUGUGUGUGUGUGUGUGUGUGUGUGUGUGUGUGUGUGUGUGAGAGAGUGAGUGAGAGACACACAAACACUGUCCUGUCUGCUGCCGCUUGGACAGCCAAUCUAAAACCCAGCAGAGGCCUCUUUGUCUGGAUCGUUGUGUCAUGUCAUCACUUUAGGCCAGAAGAAAGCCUGUAGUUACACACACACCAUGAAGUCAUCGCAGAACAGGCUUGUACCCUGAUACAGCCUCUGUCAAUGCUGAACAAACUUGGUGUUGAUGACUGGAGCACAGACAGUAUAGUGAUGAGCAGAUGGCUGAGCGAUGAUGUCCCACAUGCUGUGACUCUGUCUCAGCUCUUUAGAGGAGCCUCUGUGAAGUCACGUUUCUCCUCAGUCUGACAGCACUUAGGUUUUUCAUCCAUCUUCCUACAUCUGAUGAUUCACGGGAAGAUCUGGACUCUAUGGAGGAAUAAAGACGAAAGCAAUUCUGAAGAAAAACUGAAUUUGAUGUUCGAAGUACAUUUUAAAAUUUAAAACCAUAUUUCAGGAUAAAAACAUAAUUUAAUGUGAAGCUUUCUGGAACAUUAUUCUAAACACAAAGGUUUGUGUGUUUGUGGUGGUCUUAGGUCAGGGUGCCAUUCAGGCCCAACACUAAAGACCAUGAUAGGACAGAGACCACCGGCUCAUGAGUGACACCAGACCAUGAGAUGUAUUUGAAAACUCUUGACAAGCUGUCGAAGUAUAGAUCAUUUUUUCACACAUUCAUACAUUGAAGUCAGAUUCUCAGAAUUCCUUCCUUCUCUUGCUGAGGUGGACCGUGGCUCUGCUGAAACUCGGUGUGUUGAACCCAUUAAAGGGCACAUUUUGCUUUAAACAAAUUCAGCCAUGUCUGGAAGUAAGAGAUGUGAGGCAACCUGAAAAAACUGCAGCACACUUCCUUCUCCACCUGUCUCCAAGAACUCUGUGCCUUCUGUGCAUCUUUGUAGUCUCAAAAACGUGGGACAGUCUCAUGUAUGGUGACAAGUAGUCAUGGGAAGAGUGGAGCAACGAGCUUGAGAGAAAAGCUGAAACUCUCCUACUCCUCCACACAAUUAAUUAACCGCUGUAUAAAGACCUAAUCGUCUCUUUCAGAAAGUUGCAGAUUGUGUUGGAUGCAGCCGCUGUUUCAAACACUGUCACAUAAUCUGAGGCACUUUGUUUGCAGCGCACUGAAGCCCAGUGUCCACACCUUCUAAUCGUCUGCCUUAAAUCUGACGAGUCUGUCUCUGUCACCUCGGUUCUCUGCCGGUCCAUCCAGUGCCGUCACAUGUUCAGCAUCUACCUUCAGGCCUCACACAUGGAUUAGUGAGUAGAUCCUAAGCUGCUGGUGUCAGGUGCUGUUUACACCCUGGGAUCCGGUAGGGAUCAGCUUUUCGGAUCUGUGAGGAGGAAAGACCUCUUUUUAAUCUGGAGGCCUUGCUUGGUUACUGCUCCCAGAGCUUUGACUUGUGUUGUGUCCGCUGCAUCCUGUGUGAAUCGGACAUCGGUGUUGUGACUGUGACGGUUUGGUUCAAACGCUCGGACUGAGAGAAACGCUGCUGUUAAAACGUUAGGUUGUGAGAAGAAACCAGUGUCACUGCUCCACAGCCACCACUUGGUUUUAUGUUGUGUUGAAAAAUAAUCCUGAUCUCACUGACUGAUGAUUCUGUUAAUGCCAGUGUUUUAUAGAAAUAUGUCUGUAAUCACAUCAGGAAAAAAAUCUGCCAAAUAUACUGAUCAUUAGUG